AUGGUUGGGCCGUCGGCGCAGGCAUGGCCAGAGGCAAAACAGCAAGGAGGAAUGGGUGAGGCAGAGCCGGGAGGCCGCGCCCACAGCGGUUGGUGGCCUUCCUCGUCCACGGCGAGCACCUGGAUGACCUUGAUCCAGAUCCUUGUUAGGGAAGCUCUAGAGGGGAGGGGCGCGGCAUGGGGAUGGUGGAGCAAAGCCCGCCGGCGGUGGUCGGGAGGCCUCGUGGAGCGGCUGUGCACCAUGGGGCAGGGCGGCGGCGCGCUAGGAGGAACGGAGGCGGUGCGCUGGGGGCGGGGCGGCGGCUCGUUGGGAGGCCGGGAGCUGCGCGCCGUGGGGCGGGGCGGCGGCUCACUAGGAGGCCGGGAGCUGCACGCCGUGGGGCAGGGCGGCAGUGGUGGCGCGAUUCGGGAGGGCGGCCGUGGUGGUGGCGUGAUUCGGGAGGGCGGCGGCGGUGGUGGCCUGUGA